AUGUUAUUGAAGGCCUUGCUAGUUUACAUUCUAUUCCUUUUUGGGAACUCUGUGAAUACGGACGAUAAAUGUGUAUAUUAUGGAGAAUCUUGCGACACUUAUUAUUGUUGUGAAGGUCUUGGAUGUUAUGGUGGAAUCUGUAGGCUGUGUAGAGCAGGAGGGUCACCUUGUAUGUAUCAUACUUCAUGUUGUUCAGAAUAUUGUAAAUGGACCUUUCAUUGUACAGAGGCUGGUGAAAUUUAUGCUGAUUGGUAUCAGUAUUAA